AUGACCUAUUGGUUCACUUGUGAGAUUUUGGUCUUCUUGACAUUGAGUUUUACUGAAAUUUUCAGUAAGCUCUGCCCCUGUGGUCGGCAUGGCACGUUGAAUAAAAGAGAACUUGCCUGCCAGAAAAACAUAAAGAAAACCCACGAGAUUAGCAAGGGAAAAAGAAAAGAGGAUAGCUUGACUACCUCUCAGAGGAAGCAGAGGGAUUUUGAGAUCAUGCAACAAAAGCAGAAGGCCGCUAACGAGAAGUUGAUGCAGACAAGAGAAAAAUGA